UUGCAAAUUUAGGAUGAAAUUACCAGUAGUGAAUCUGAGGAUGAACCUUUGUCAUCCUUUCAAAAAAAGUCUUCUAAGAAGUCCGUUCCAAAUAAAAGGCUAAAAAGCAGCAGAUCAGUGGAAUAUGAUAGUGAUGACAGUGACUAUCAGCCAAUACAGACUUCAAGAAAACAAUCAAGGGCUAAAAAAAGACAGCAGAGUGAUGUUGCCAGUAGUGAAUCUGAAGAUGAACCUUUAUCUUCCUUGCAAAAUAAAUCUGCAAAGAAGCUCUCACCAAAUGAAAAAAUACACUGCAAUACUUCAGAUAAAUAUAAUGGGGAUGAAAAUAAGCAACCACCAUUGAACAAUGGAUAUUCUUCAAACAAAAAGAAGGAUGAAAAUACUAGCAGUGAAUCUGAGGAUGAACCUUUGUCAUCCUUUCAAAACAAGUCUACUGAGAAGUCCAUUCCAAAUAAAAAACUGAAAAAGAGCAGAUCAGUGAACUGUGAUAGUGAUGAUAGUGACUAUCAGCCAAUACAGGCUUCAAGAAAGCAAUUAGGGAGCAUGAAAAGUAAACAAGAUGAAAAUACUAGCAGUGAAUCUGAGGAUGAACCUUUGUCAUCCUUUCAAGACAAGUCUACUGAGAAGUCCAUUCCAAAUAAAAAACUGGAAAACAGCAGAUCAGUGAACUGUGAUAGUGAUGAUAGUGACUAUCAGCCAAUACAGGCUUCAAGAAAGCAUUAGGGAGCAUGAAAAGUAAACAAGCUGUGAUAGAAUCUGAUGUGUCUAGUGAAACUACGGAUGACAAAAGGAAAGUAUCUUCAUCAGAAAAUGAAAGUGAUGUUGAGUUAAUAAAUUUGAAAAAGGAACUGUCUUCGAAACAAAAUAAAAGGUCUCUUUCCACUAAAAAAAAUGUGAAAACAAAGAAAAGAAAAUCUGAUGAAAGUAAUGAAAAAAGUAAAACUAAAAAGUCAAAAGUGGAAUUGGAGGAUAAAUCCAGUGAAGGCAGUUUAAAAAAACAAUUCUCUAGUGAAAAUUUGCAGGAAAACAGCUCUCCUGCAGAAAAUAUGAGUUCUGAUUCAUCUAUCCUUGCAAGUGAUGAUGAAGUUUCAUCUAAAAAGCAGAAGAAAGAAACUCAAAAAAAAAGUGGAAAGGUGGAAAAAAUAAGCAGUGCUUCAGAAGCAAAGAUUGAGCAUUUAAAAAAAUAUGUCAGAACAGCUGGUAUACGUGUGAACUCUUACCCAAAACUUUUUGAAAACUGUCAAUCUGUAAAGUCAAAAGUUGAAAAGCUGAUGGAACUGUUACAAAAAGAAGGUUUAAAAGGUCGCCCAACUCUAGAAAAAUGUAAGAAGUUGAAGAAGAAAAUAGAAACAAAAAAGGAAAUAGCAGAACUGGAUGUUACAAACAUUCUCCAGUCACAAGGCCGUCCCAAAAGAGGUUUGUCUUCAAAUAACUCAAGACAAAUAAAAAAGAGUCCAACACCAUUAAAGAAUUUCUCACGCUUACAAGACAUAGUUGAUAGUGAAGAAAGUGAUUAAACAUUUUUUAUGCAGAUUUUAUACCCUUUUCAUCCCAUAUUUUAUUUUAAAUGUGUUGUAAAUAUUGUGUAUGUUUUUGUUCACAAGUUAGAAUUUUGUAAUAGAACUUCUUACUUUCAUCUCUAAGAGUUUGUAAAAAUUAAAGAAUUUUUGAAAAAUUUU